AAACUCUUCACAGCUUCCUGCUGCCAACUACUCACGCGUUGGCAGUUUCUCUCCUACCUCUUUGCUGUGCAGUCUACAUGUGAAGCAAUAGAUGGUGGGUAGAGGCCUGAUUAAUACUGGCAAUACUUGCUUUCUAAACUCCGUAGUACAGGCUCUGGCCGCGCUGCGGGUUUUUCGUUCCUAUUUGGCCGAGCUGGCUUCCAGAGGGUUGUCUAGCGACUUGAUUCAGUCUCUCAGAAGGACGUUGAAUGAGCUGGAGAGUUCGGAUUCGCGCCCGUUGAGGCCGCCCUUGUUGGAGGAGAAGACGAUCAAGGCGAGGUUCGUGACGGGGGAGCAGCAGGAUCCUCACGAGCUGUUGAUUUAUAUGUUGGACCAUAUACAAGCUACCGUGAGCGAGUGCCAGCGUACCUCGACAGACGAGGCGAAGAAGCUUGGUAUGAGGGGCCUGUCCAGCGUGUUACAUGGGGUGAUAGAGUCCGAGUUGAGCGCGAAGAGGAGCGCGUGCCGGAGGGUGGUUGAUCCGCUCUCGGCGGCGAGUGCCGCUGGUUUGCUGUCCUUUGUGAAUUCGCCGAAGCUCGAGAGUUCCGUUUUGUUUCAGGGGGUGAGGAGGGAUCUCUUUGACAGGUCCUGGUCUCGGGGAGAGGGUCGUUUCGAUCGAGAGGUGGUUGGUGGCGCGAAUGAGUCUAACGGUCGACGAAUGGGGGCGACGUCUUCGCCGACAGGCGACAAAAUGGAAGACGAUGGUGGCGACGGUCUGUUGAGACAGAAUCCUUUUUUCGGGAAGAUGGAGAAUACGUUGUAUUGUUCCGCGUGUUGCCGUAGUUGGUCUUCGAUUGAGACCAUGUCCGUGCUUUCUCUGUAUUUGCCAUACAAAGACGCCUCUUCGUUCACGCUGUUUGAUUGCUUCAGUCGUCUUUUCCAGAGUGAGAAAAUCAAAAAUUAUCUCUGUCGCUAUUGCCAGGAGGCGCGCACGGUCGAGAAGCGCUUGACGAUUCUGAAGGCACCGGACCUGCUUUCUCUGCAUUUCAACAGGCUGUGCUUGGUGGGUAGAGGGAGGAGGUUGAAAAAGAUUUGCGGGAGGGUUGACUUUGGUUUGCACCUCAAUGUUUCUUGGCUGACGAGUCGCUACUCUCUCCCGCCUUCGAGCGCGCUCCGAUACAGUCUUAGCCCUGCGGAGGGUCUGUCCGCGUUCAUCUCGAAGAGAGAUAGGACGUUUGCGCUGUACUCGAUGCCUACGGAGUUGGACCAGGGUGACUUGGAAGCGGUGCGACGGAGCUUUGAUCGAUCUCCUUCGGAAUUUGGCGGGUUGUUUUGGAGUGAUUCGGCGGGUUGUUCAGUGCCGGGGCUCGGACCGGCGAAGCUGGCGAGCUCGAGAUCGGCGGCGGACAGUGCGGAGCGCGGAACGCCCUUGUCUUCUUCUUCGGAGUCGGGCGACGCGCUGACAUCAUCGACGACGGACUCUUUGGCGCUGGAAAGUUUCAAUGACUGCAGCGAUCCCUAUUUUGAUUACGUCCUUUCGGCUGUAAUUGUCCACAUCGGAAACGAGCGCGGCGGCCACUAUGUUUGCUAUCGUCCGGAGGACUUUGCUUCUCCACAGAAGGGUUGGGUCAAAAUUUCGGACAUGUCGCUUAGUUCUGUGCCAUUUUCUUAUGUGCAGCAGCAGGAGGCGUUUAUGUUAUUUUACCAGCGUAGGCAGUGUCUCUCUUCUCACUGGGGCCUGGUGAAGUCCCCGCGAGCGACCGCGAACGCCCUGGCGGCGGCGAGCGACGCUUCCGAUGGCAACGUCGUAGAUCUUCGAAAUGGUGCCGGCGAGUCUUCGAGGAUGAGCGCGCUGGCCGACGAGAGUUCCGUCGAAGAUCCGUUCAGCCAUUUGAUAGACCAGUUUGGCGACGAAUUUGCGCUGGACGGGUCCUGGCUAGUGGAGGACGAAGCUCUGAGUCAAGAACAAGUGGAAGAUUUUUCGGAGCGACAAAAUUUUUUUCAAGACGAACAACGAACGUUUACUCCAAAUGGAAUCCAGAAUUCCGCUUCCGAAGUUGAUGGUCUCCGGCGUUCCUCCGCAUCGGUUGGCCCCCGUCUGCGGGGAAUCUCGAACAGCUCAGGAGAGGGGGAUGUCCGUCCUGGCGGUGAGCGUCUAGAAGGGGAUUGUCAUGGCGACUUUGCGCGUUCGAAUGGUCAAAAGGAGGAAAAUGGUUUUGUUCAUCGCCGACAAGGCAAGGCGUGCGACGAGGGUCGUCGCCAGCAAGAGGGAGAGGACGUUCAUCACGCAAACGGUCAAAGGGGUGUCUACGCCCACGAUCAGAGCCACGUUGGUACUGUCGAUCAUGCGGAGUCAUCUGUCGUCUAUGAUGCGUCCUCGCCUGUCUUUGAUCGGAACGGCGAGUGUUCAGACAGCCCGGAUGGCUCUCCCUUUCAUCCUAAGCUCGUUAGAAGCGCAAACAUGAGCAGCAACGAGCACCACGUUCUCCACCCCCAAUUUUUCAUAGAGUCAAAAAUUCGCAGCCCUCCUCAGCGAAUUGCCAACGUUUCUCCUAAACCGCCCUCGUCCUGCGACUCCUCUCCCUCUUAUCACUGCGACCGUCCCCUCCAAUCGCGAGCCUGACGCGCCUCUCUUUCCGCGCGCUGGGCCGCUUGGCUCCGCGACACGCGCGUUUCUCGCCCGGGGCCUCGAAACUCGAGUCGAGCCGACUCUCGACCGCGCCGAGCGAGCCAGCGGUCGCCCGGGGCGCCCUCCGACGCGCACGCUUUCCCGCGCGGCACGCCGAGGCUUUCGAAAGAGCGGUCUUCGCGGGAGACGAACGGGCGCGCCGAUUCGUUCCAUAGAGACGCCUUUUCGCUCGCAUCUGAGAAAAAAGAAAAAAAAAAGAAGAGCAGACUUGUUCGACUUGAGGCGGCUAUGCCGAGCUCGGGCGCUCGGGGUGCGCGCGACAGCACUUUUUUUUUUUUGGAAUUUGUGUACAUACAAAAGCAAAAAGGCAAGUGAGAGGGGAGGGUAGGGUUGUUUUUUUUUACUCAA